GAGCUUGACGCUCCACCAACACCAUGGAGAUGUUAAAAAGAACAUCUAUAGGAGUGCUGAUAUGGGUGACACUGUCUAUUGGACUUGCGGAAACACAAACCACAUUUCUCACAACAAUGAACAUGCAACCAAGUGCUACAAUAGAAUUUGCUUCAGGACUGACUUCACAACACAAUGAGCUGGUUUGUAGUGCUUGGGGUAACUACCAUUUCAAGACCUAUGAUGGGGACUACUUCCAGCUUUCAUCUUCCUGCAACUACAUUUUUACAUCGCACUGUUCGACCACCUAUGAAGACUUUAACAUCCAAUUGAGGCAUCAGGUGGUGAACAACGAUCCAACAAUCAGCAAAAUCAUGAUGAAACUACAGGGGACAACAAUAGAGCUUACUAAAGGCUCUCUCAGCGUAAAUGGGCAAAUAGUGACACUUCCAUUUACCAACUCUGAAGUUUUCAUCGAGAAGAUGACAUCUUAUAUUGCAGUCAAGGCUGUUUUGGGGCUAGUAGCCAUGUGGAAUGAAGAUGAUUCUUUCAUGGUCAAGUUAGAUGAAAAAUAUCAAAACCAAACAUGUGGACUGUGUGGUGACUUCAAUGGAAUCCAGAAUUACAAUGAAUUCAUCAGUGAUGGAACAAACCAGCUUUCUGUUUCUGAUUAUGGGAACCUCUGGAAGAUGGAUGGUCCAACAGAAAUCUGUAAGGAAGACAAAAUAUCUCUAGAUGAAAACUGUGGAGAUGAGAAUUUUUGUCGUGAUAUCUUCUCCAGUUCAGUGUUCAGUGAUUGCAGAGGUCUGGUUUCCAUCGAUUCAUUUGUCCAAGUUUGCAUGAAAGACUUAUGCCAUUGCAAUGGCUCCUCUGGAUCCUUCUGCCUAUGCAAAACUAUCGCUGAAUAUUCUAGACAGUGUGUGCAUGCAGGUGGAAGGCCUGAAGAAUGGAGAACAGAAUAUUUUUGUCCACAUCCGUGCCCAGAAAGCAUGGUAUACCAAGAGUGUGGGAAUCCCUGUACUGACACCUGUACCAACCCUGAAAGAGGACAAGUGUGUGAGCGCCACUGCAUUGAUGGAUGCUUCUGCCCUCCUGGCACUAUUUUCGAUGACAUACACAAGACUGGCUGUAUUCCACACAGUGAAUGCUCCUGCAUCCUUGGAGGUAAAAUAUUUGCCUCUGGGGAGAAUUACACAAGCAACUGCAGAGAGUGUACCUGUGAACAGGGACAGUGGAAUUGUAACCAAAAGGAUUGUCCACGUGCAUGUUCAGUAGAAGGUGGAUCCCAUAUUACCACUUAUGAUGGAAAAGCCUACACCUUUCAUGGAGACUGCACUUACGUCCUAUCCAAACAAUGCACAGGAACAGAAUUCACAAUUCAAGGAGACCUGGUAAAAUGUGGUGUGACUGAAACUGAAACCUGUUUGAAGGCAAUAACUUUGGCAUUGUCAAAUGGAAAUACUGUGUUUAAAGUGGAUUCCAGUGGAAAUAUUGAGGUCAACAGAAUAAUUGCCCAGCUGCCACUUUUUACAGCUGAUGUGAGCAUUUUCAAGCCCUCCUCAUUCUUCAUCAUCAUUCAGGCCCAUUUGAUUGGGCUUCGUCUGGAGAUCCAGCUUGAACCGUUAAUGCAACUUUACAUCACAGUCAAUUCAGCGUACCAAGGAGAAACAUGUGGUCUUUGUGGCAAUUUCAACAACAUUGAGGCUGAUGACUUUACAACCAUUGGCGGACUCAGGGAAGGAACAGCUUUGGACUUUGCCAACACCUGGAAAACAAGAGCAAGUUGCCUUGAUGUUCAAAGAAACUUUGAGAAUCCUUGCAGUCUUAGCACUGAAAAUGAGAAAUAUGCACAGUACUGGUGCUCCCUGCUGUCAGAUCCUUCAUCAGUGUUUGCCCCCUGCCACUCCGAAAUCAGCCCUGAAGUCUACAAAGCAAAUUGUAUAUAUGACAGCUGCAACUGUGAGAAGAGUGAGGACUGUAUGUGUGCUGCAUUGUCUUCAUACGUACAUGCAUGUGCUGCAAGAGGGAUUGCUCUUGAUGGCUGGAGAGAUGCUGCCUGCAAAAAGUACACCCUAACUUGCCUCGCCACCACGGUCUACUCCUAUCAAAUGACCAGCUGUGACCGCACUUGCCGAUCCCUCAGCCAAUCAGACAGCACCUGCGCCGUUGACUUUGUGCCAGUAGAUGGCUGUGGCUGUGCAGAAGGAACAUACAUGAACGAGAAUGGUGACUGUGUUGCAUCUGCCAGCUGCUCAUGCUUUGAUUCAGGCAAAAUUAUUCCUGCUGGGAUCUCCAUCUCCAAAGAUGGAGGAUCAUGUAUUUGCGAACAAGGGAAACUGAGCUGCUCUGGUGGAUCAAAUGGGGAAGAAUGCAAAGAGCCAAUGAUGUUUUUCAACUGCUCCAGCGCUAGCCCUGGUUCCAAGGGAUCCGAGUGUCAGAAGAGCUGCAAAACAUUAGACAUGGCCUGUAUCAGCACAGAGUGUGUGUCUGGCUGUGUGUGCCCAUCUGGACUGGUGUCAGAUGGGAAAGGUGGCUGCAUUGCUGAAGACCUCUGUCCUUGCAUCCAUAAUGGAGUUGCCUACCAACCUGGGGAAAGCAUUAAGACUGAUUGCAAUACAUGUGCUUGUAAGAAUAGACGAUGGAUUUGUACCACAAACCAGUGCAGUGGGACAUGCAGCAUCUAUGGAGAUGGUCAUUAUAGAACCUUUGAUGAGAAAAGAUACGUCUUUAGUGGAAACUGUGAAUACAGCCUUGUUCAGGACUUCUGCAAUGGCACCAGUGGCACUUUUAGAGUCAUUACUGAAAAUAUCCCCUGCGGAUCCACUGGCACCACUUGUUCCAAGGCUAUCAAGCUUUUUCUUGGAAGCAAUGAGCUUAGAUUGACAGAUGGAUCCUACCAAGUUGUUCACAGAGAUGCAGGAGAGGAGAUUCCCUACCAGAUGCGCACUAUGGGGCUUUACUUGGUGAUUGAGGCCAGUAAUGGUCUGAUGCUCAUUUGGGACAGAAAAACAACAAUACACAUCAAACUGACUCCAGAGUUUAAUGGGCGUGUGUGUGGUCUAUGUGGAAACUACGAUGGGAACGCAAACAAUGACUUCACGACACGCAGUCAAGCAAUUGCUGUCGAAGCCCUGGAUUUUGUAAACAGCUGGAAGCUCUCUAGUUGUCCAGAUGCAACUCUCAUCCAAGAACCAUGUGUCCAUAAUCCGUAUAGAGAGGCCUGGGCACAGAGGCAGUGCAGCAUCAUUACUAGCAAUGUCUUCUCAACAUGUCAUUCACAGGUGGACCCCUCUCCUUUUUAUGAUGCUUGUGUGAGAGACGCAUGUGCCUGUGAUAGUGGUGGAGAUUAUGAAUGUUUUUGCACUGCUGUAACAGCCUAUGCACAAGCCUGUAACGAGGCUGGAGCCUGUGUUGCCUGGAGAACACCUAAAAUAUGCCCAUUGUUCUGUGAUUAUUACAACCCCCCGGGUGAAUGUGAGUGGCAUUACAAACCUUGUGGAGCUCCUUGUAUGCAGACAUGCAGAAACCCUUCUGGAAACUGCUCUAGUCAGAUACCAGCGCUUGAAGGAUGCUAUCCUAAAUGCCCUCCGGAGCAGCCUGUUUUUGAUGAGGAUAACAUGAAGUGUGUGACACAGGAAGAUUGUGGCUGCUUUGUUGAAAUGUUACAUUAUCAAAUUGGCCAGCAGGUGCCAACCACAGAAAACUGUCAGUCAUGUUAUUGUUCAUCAUUUGGUGUUAUCUGUGACUUUGAUGUAAAUGCAUGUACAUGCCAAUACAACAAUGUAGAGUACUACUUUGGAGAUGUAAUUUAUCACACAACGGAUGGACUGGGAGGAUGUAUCACAGGCAGAUGUUCAGUCAAUGGAACUAUUGAGAGGACUUUGAUACCUUGUGAAACGACUGCUGUCCCAACAGUCACAUCCCCCCUGAACACAACACAGAAAUUAACACCAACCCCGACAACAGUUUUUGUCUUCAGCACUCCAGAAUACACUUCACCGGAAACUGAAAAAGAAACAACCACAACUCUUGAGGUUUUAUCUACAUCCAACAAGCCAGAACAAUUGACAAGCGGACCAACAACUGAAGUUAUUUUAACUGCUUCUACUGCAGAAAUUAAACAUUCAACUGAACAACUGGUAUAUGUAACUUCAAAGCCUUCAACAUCAUCAGAUCAAACAUCAACACUGUCCUUAUCAACAACAGCAAAGAGAACAACGGACACUGAAAGUUCCAUAGAGACACAAAGUACAGUAACAUCAAAAACCUCAAUUGCACCCAUUACAAAAACACUUCCAACAGUCACUGGUAAAGUGUGGACAACACUUUCCACAGAAUCACAAUCUGUGUCCACACUUCAGACGACUGGAGAUCAAACCACUGAGUAUGAAUUUACCACGUUAUCUAAAACAUCACCAUCUACAAGCACAUCCCUCACAAUUACACAAACCACACUACCAGUUGUUACAUCCAUGCAACCAACAACGCUAACAAAGGCAACUGCUGUGCCAGUCACGGCACUUGUGUCUACAACAGUGAGUAUUGAAUCGUCCACUGGGUAUGAGGUUAGCACUACGGGUCUUUCUUCAACAACAAAACCAUUCAAGGCUGAAACAACACUUUCAACCACCACACCAGCCAUCUCAUCCACUACUGUCCUUGUUGAGGAGGGAAGCACCACUGUCCAGCCACCUACAGAGACAUCAUCUCCAAGCAGUGUCUACACAACUUCAAAAUCAUCUACAGUUACUCAAACAACUGGAGAAGUAACAACAACUGAGACUGUAACUGAGAACGAAUUGACCACAUCUCAGACGUCUUUGUCCACCACCAGGCCGCCAAAGGUGGUAACAACUGGUCAAUCAAGCCUACCAACAACUACAGCCACGACCACUUUAGAAGAGUUAACAGCUACAUCAUCUGAAACAUCGACAUCCACAAGCACAUCUCUCCCAGUGACACAAACUUCACUACCAGUCGUUACAUCUACGCAGCCAACAACGCUAACAAAGACAACUGCUGUGCCAAUCACUACACUUGUGUCAACAACAGUGAGUGUUGAAUCAUCCACUGGGUAUGAGGUUAGCACUCAGGGUCUUUCCUCAACAACAAAACCAGUCAAAGCUGAAACAACUCUUUCAACCACUACACCAGCCAUCCCAUCCACCACUCUCCUUGUCGAGGAGGGAAGCACCACUGUCCAGCCACCUACAGAGACAUCAUCUCCAAGCAGUGUCUACACAACUUCAAAAUCAUCUACAGCUACUCAAACAACUGGAGAAGUAACAACAACUGAGCCUGUAACUGAGAACGAAUUGACCACAUCUCAGACACCUUUGUCCAGCACCAGGCCGCCAAAGGUGGUAACAACUGGUCAAUCAAGCCUACCAACAACUACAGCCACGACCACUUUAGAAGAGUUAACAGCUACAUCAUCUGAAACAUCAUCAUCCACAAGCACAUCUCUCCCAGUGACACAAACUUCAGUACCAGCCGUUACAUCCACGCAGCCAACAACGCUAACAAAGACAACUGCUGUGCCAGUCAGUACACUUGUGUCAACAACAGUGAGUGUUGAAUCGUCCACUGGGUAUGAGGUUAGCACUCAGGGUCUUUCUUCAACUACAAAACCAGUGAAAGCUGAAACAACUCUUUCAACCACCACACCAGCCAUCCCAUCCACCACUCUCCUUGUCGAGGAGGGAAGCACCACUGUCCAGCCAUCUACAGAAACAUCAUCUCCAAGCAGUGUCUACACAACUUCAAAAUCAUCUACAGCUACUCAAACAACUGGAGAAGUAACAACAACUGAGACUGUAACUGAGAACGAAUUGACCACAUCUCAGACACCUUUGUCCACCACCAGGCCGCCAAAGGUGGUAACAACUGGUCAGUCAAGCCUACCAACAACUACAGCCACGACCACUUUAGAAGAGUUAACAGCUACAUCAUCUGAAACGUCGACAUCCACAAGCACAUCUCUCUCAGUGACACAAACUUCACUAUCAGUCGUUACAUCCACGCAACCAACAACGCUAACAAAGACAACUGCUGUGCCAGUCAGUACACUUGUGUCAACAACAGUGAGUAUUGAAUCGUCCACUGGGUAUGAGGUUAGCACUCAGGGUCUUUCUUCAACAACAAAACCAGUGAAAGCUGAAACAACUCUUUCAACCACCACACCAGCCAUCCCAUCCACCACUCUCCUUGUCGAGGAGGGAAGCACCACUGUCCAGCCACCUACAGAUACAUCAUCUCCAAGCAGUGUCUACACAACUUCAAAAUCAUCUACAGCUACUCAAACAACUGGAGAAGUAACAACAACUGAGACUGUAACUGAGAACGAAUUGACCACAUCUCAGACACCUUUGUCCAGCACCAGGCCGCCAAAGGUGGUAACAACUGGUCAAUCAAGCCUACCAACAACUACAGCCACGACCACUUUAGAAGAGUUAACAGCUACAUCAUCUGAAACAUCGACAUCCACAAGCACAUCUCUCCCAGUGACACAAACUUCACUACCAGUCGUUACAUCCACGCAGCCAACAACGCUAACAAAGACAACUGCUGUGCCAAUCACUACACUUGUGUCAACAACAGUGAGUGUUGAAUCAUCCACUGGGUAUGAGGUUAGCACUCAGGGUCUUUCUUCAACAACAAAACCAGUCAAAGCUGAAACAACUCUUUCAACCACUACACCAGCCAUCCCAUCCACCACUCUCCUUGUCGAGGAGGGAAGCACCACUGUCCAGCCACCUACAGAGACAUCAUCUCCAAGCAGUGUCUACACAACUUCAAAAUCAUCUACAGCUACUCAAACAACUGGAGAAGUAACAACAACUGAGACUGUAACUGAGAACGAAUUGACCACAUCUCAGACACCUUUGUCCAGCACCAGGCCGCCAAAGGUGGUAACAACUGGUCAAUCAAGCCUACCAACAACUACAGCCACGACCACUUUAGAAGAGUUAACAGCUACAUCAUCUGAAACGUCAUCAUCCACAAGCACAUCUCUCCCAGUGACACAAACUUCACUACCAGUCGUUACAUCCACGCAGCCAACAACGCUAACAAAGACAACUGCUGUGCCAGUCAGUACACUUGUGUCAACAACAGUGAGUGUUGAAUCGUCCACUGGGUAUGAGGUUAGCACUCAGGGUCUUUCUUCAACAACAAAACCAGUGAAAGCUGAAACAACUCUUUCAACCACCACACCAGCCAUCCUAUCCACCACUCUCCUUGUCGUGGAGGGAAGCACCACUGUCCAGCCACCUACAGAAACAUCAUCUCCAAGCAGUGUCUACACAACUUCAAAAUCAUCUACAGCUACUCAAACAACUGGAGAAGUAACAACAACUGAGACUGUAACUGAGAACGAAUUGACCACAUCUCAGACACCUUUGUCCACCACCAGGCCGCCAAAGGUGGUAACAACUGUUCAAACAAGUCUACCAACAACUACAGCCACGACCACUUUAGAAGAGUUAACAGCUACAUCAUCUGAAACGUUGACAUCCACAAGUACAUCUAUCCCAGUGACACAAACUUCACUACCAGUCGUUACAUCCAGUCAACCAACAACGCUAACAAAGACAACUGCUGUGCCAGUCAGUACACUUGUGUCAACAACAGUGAGUGUUGAAUCCUCCACUGGGUAUGAGGUUAGCACUCAGGGUCUUUCUUCAACAACAAAACCAGUGAAAGCUGAAACAACUCUUUCAACCACCACACCAGCCAUCCCAUCCACGACUGUCCUUGUCGAGGAGGGAAGCACCACUGUCCAGCCACCUACAGAGACAUCAUCUCCAAGCAGUGUCUACACAACUUCAAAAUCAUCUACAGCUACUCAAACAACUGGAGAAAUAACAACAACUGAGACGGUAACUGAGAAUGAAUUGACCACACCUCAGACACCUUUGUCCACCACCAGGCCACCAAAGGUGGUAACAACUGGUCAAUCAAGCCUACCAACAACUACAGCCACGACCACUUUAGAAGAGUUAACAGCUACAUCAUCUGAAACGUCGACAUCCACAAGUACAUCUCUCCUAGUGACACAAACUUCACUACCAGUCGUUACAUCCACUCAACCAACAACGCUAACAAAGACAACUGCUGUGCCAGUCACUACACUUGUGUCAACAACAGUGAGUGUUGAAUCCUCCACUGGGUAUGAGGUUAGCACUCAGGGUCUUUCUUCAACAACAAAACCAGUGAAAGCUGAAACAACUCAUUCAACCACCACACCAGCCAUCCCAUCCACCACUGUCCUUGUCGAGGAGGGAAGCACCACUGUCCAGCCACCUACAGAAACAUCAUCUCCAAGCAGUGUCUACACAACUUCAAAAUCAUCUACAGCUACUCAAACAACUGGAGAAGUAACAACAACUGAAACUGUAACUGAGAACGAAUUGACCACAUCUCAGACACCUUUGUCCAGCACCAGGCCACCAAAGGUGGUAACCACUGGUCAAUCAAGCCUACCAACAACUACAGCCACAACCACUUUAGAAGAGUUAACAGCUACAUCAUCUGAAACGUCGACAUCCACUAGCACAUCUCUCCCAGUGACACAAACUUCACUACCAGUCGUUACAUCCACUCAACCAACAACGCUAACAAAGACAUUUGCUGUGCCAGUCAGUACACUUGUGUCAACAACAGUGAGUGUUGAAUCAUCCACUGGGUAUGAGGUUAGCACUCAGGGUCUUUCUUCAACAACAAAACCAGUCAAAGCUGAAACAACUCUUUCAACAACCACACUAGCCAUCCCAUCCACGACUGUCCUUGUCGAGGAGGGAAGCACCACUGUCCAGCCACCUACAGAGACAUCAUCUCCAAGCAGUGUCUACACAACUUCAAAAUCAUCUACAGCUACUCAAACAACUGGAGAAAUAACAACAACUGAGACUGUAACUGAGAACGAAUUGACCACAUCUCAGAAACCUUUGUCCACCACCAGGCCGCCAAAGGUGGUAACAACUGGUCAGUCAAGCCUACCAACAACUACAGCCACGACCACUUUAGAAGAGUUAACAGCCACAUCAUCUGAAACGUCGAAAUCCACCAGCACAUCUCUCCCAGUGACACAAACUUCACUACCAGUCGUUACAUCCACGCAACCAACAACGCUAACAAAGACUACUAAUGUGCCAGUCACUGCACUUGUGUCAACAACAGUGAGUGUUGAAUCGUCCACUGGGAAUGAGGUUAGCACUCAGGGUCUUUCUUCAACAACAAAACCAGUCAAAGCUGAAACAACUCUUUCAACCACCACGCCAGCCAUCCUAUCCACCACUGUCAUUGUUGAGGAGGAAAGCACCACUGUCCUGCCACCUACAGAGACCUCAUCUCCAAGCAGUGUCUACACAACUUCAAAAUCCUCUACAGCUACUCAAACAACUGGAGAAGUAACAACAACUGAGACUGUAACUGAGAAUGAAUUGACCACAUCUCAGACACCUUUGUCCAGCACCAGGCCGCCAAAGGUGGUAACAACUGGUCAGUCAACCCUACCAACAACUACAGCCACGACCACUUUAGAAGAGUUAACAGCUACAUCAUCUGAAACGUUGACAUCCACAAGCACAUCUCUCCCAGUGACACAAACUUCACUAUCAGUCGUUACAUCCACGCAACCAACAACGCUAACAAAGACAACUGCUGUGCCAGUCAGUACACUUGUGUCAACAACAGUGAGUGUUGAAUCGUCCACUGGGUAUGAGGUUAGCACUCAGGGUCUUUCUUCAACAACAAAACCAGUGAAAGCUGAAACAACUCUUUCAACCACCACACCAGCCAUCCCAUCCACCACUCUCCUUGUUGAGGAGGGAAGCACCACUGUCCAGCCACCUACAGAAACAUCAUCUCCAAGCAGUGUCUACACAACUUCAAAAUCAUCUACAGCUACUCAAACAACUGGAGAAGUAACAACAACUGAGACUGUAACUGAGAACGAAUUGACCACAUCUCAGAAACCUUUGUCCACCACCAGGCCGCCAAAGGUGGUAACAACUGGUCAAACAAGUCUACCAACAACUACAGCCACAACCACUUUAGAAGAGUUCACAGCUACAUCAUCUGAAACGUCGACAUCCACUAGCACAUCUCUCCCAGUGACACAAACUUCACUACCAGUCGUUACAUCCACGCAGCCAACAACGCUAACAAAGACAACUGCUGUGCCAGUCAGUACACUUGUGUCAACAACAGUGAGUGUUGAAUCGUCCACUGGGUAUGAGGUUAGCACUCAGGGUCUUUCUUCAACAACAAAAGCAGUGAAAGCUGAAACAACUCUUUCAACCACUACACCAGCCAUCCCAUCCACCACUGUCCUUGUCGAGGAGGGAAGCACGACUGUCCAGCCACCUACAGAAACAUCAUCUCCAAGCAGUGUCUACACAACUUCAAAAUCAUCUACAGCUACUCAAACAACUGGAGAAAUAACAACAACUGAGACGGUAACUGAGAAUGAAUUGACCACACCUCAGACACCUUUGUCCACCACCAGGCCACCAAAGGUGGUAACAACUGGUCAAUUAAGCCUACCAACAACUACAGCCACGACCACUUUAGAAGAGUUAACAGCUACAUCAUCUGAAACGUCGACAUCCACAAGUACAUCUCUCCUAGUGACACAAACUUCACUACCAGUCGUUACAUCCACUCAACCAACAACGCUAACAAAGACAACUGCUGUGCCAGUCACUACACUUGUGUCAACAACAGUGAGUGUUGAAUCCUCCACUGGGUAUGAGGUUAGCACUCAGGGUCUUUCUUCAACAACAAAACCAGUGAAAGCUGAAACAACUCAUUCAACCACCACACCAGCCAUCCCAUCCACCACUGUCCUUGUCGAGGAGGGAAGCACCACUGUCCAGCCACCUACAGAAACAUCAUCUCCAAGCAGUGUCUACACAACUUCAAAAUCAUCUACAGCUACUCAAACAACUGGAGAAGUAACAACAACUGAAACUGUAACUGAGAACGAAUUGACCACAUCUCAGACACCUUUGUCCAGCACCAGGCCACCAAAGGUGGUAACCACUGGUCAAUCAAGCCUACCAACAACUACAGCCACAACCACUUUAGAAGAGUUAACAGCUACAUCAUCUGAAACGUUGACAUCCACUAGCACAUCUCUCCCAGUGACACAAACUUCACUACCAGUCGUUACAUCCACUCAACCAACAACGCUAACAAAGACAUUUGCUGUGCCAGUCAGUACACUUGUGUCAACAACAGUGAGUGUUGAAUCAUCCACUGGGUAUGAGGUUAGCACUCAGGGUCUUUCUUCAACAACAAAACCAGUCAAAGCUGAAACAACUCUUUCAACAACCACACUAGCCAUCCCAUCCACGACUGUCCUUGUCGAGGAGGGAAGCACCACUGUCCAGCCACCUACAGAGACAUCAUCUCCAAGCAGUGUCUACACAACUUCAAAAUCAUCUACAGCUACUCAAACAACUGGAGAAAUAACAACAACUGAGACUGUAACUGAGAACGAAUUGACCACAUCUCAGAAACCUUUGUCCACCACCAGGCCGCCAAAGGUGGUAACAACUGGUCAGUCAAGCCUACCAACAACUACAGCCACGACCACUUUAGAAGAGUUAACAGCCACAUCAUCUGAAACGUCGAAAUCCACCAGCACAUCUCUCCCAGUGACACAAACUUCACUACCAGUCGUUACAUCCACGCAACCAACAACGCUAACAAAGACUACUAAUGUGCCAGUCACUGCACUUGUGUCAACAACAGUGAGGGUUGAAUCGUCCACUGGGAAUGAGGUUAGCACUCAGGGUCUUUCUUCAACAACAAAACCAGUCAAAGCUGAAACAACUCUUUCAACCACCACGCCAGCCAUCCUAUCCACCACUGUCCUUGUUGAGGAGGGAAGCACCACUGUCCUGCCACCUACAGAGACCUCAUCUCCAAGCAGUGUCUACACAACUUCAAAAUCCUCUACAGCUACUCAAACAACUGGAGAAGUAACAACAACUGAGACUGUAACUGAGAAUGAAUUGACCACAUCUCAGACACCUUUGUCCAGCACCAGGCCGCCAAAGGUGGUAACAACUGGUCAGUCAACCCUACCAACAACUACAGCCACGACCACUUUAGAAGAGUUAACAGCUACAUCAUCUGAAACGUUGACAUCCACAAGCACAUCUCUCCCAGUGACACAAACUUCACUAUCAGUCGUUACAUCCACGCAACCAACAACGCUAACAAAGACAACUGCUGUGCCAGUCAGUACACUUGUGUCAACAACAGUGAGUGUUGAAUCGUCCACUGGGUAUGAGGUUAGCACUCAGGGUCUUUCUUCAACAACAAAACCAGUGAAAGCUGAAACAACUCUUUCAACCACCACACCAGCCAUCCCAUCCACCACUCUCCUUGUCGAGGAGGGAAGCACCACUGUCCAGCCACCUACAGAAACAUCAUCUCCAAGCAGUGUCUACACAACUUCAAAAUCAUCUACAGCUACUCAAACAACUGGAGAAGUAACAACAACUGAGACUGUAACUGAGAACGAAUUGACCACAUCUCAGAAACCUUUGUCCACCACCAGGCCGCCAAAGGUGGUAACAACUGGUCAAACAAGUCUACCAACAACUACAGCCACAACCACUUUAGAAGAGUUCACAGCUACAUCAUCUGAAACGUCGACAUCCACUAGCACAUCUCUCCCAGUGACACAAACUUCACUACCAGUCGUUACAUCCACGCAGCCAACAACGCUAACAAAGACAACUGCUGUGCCAGUCAGUACACUUGUGUCAACAACAGUGAGUGUUGAAUCGUCCACUGGGUAUGAGGUUAGCACUCAGGGUCUUUCUUCAACAACAAAACCAGUGAAAGCUGAAACAACUCUUUCAACCACCACACCAGCCAUCCCAUCCACGACUGUCCUUGUCGAGGAGGGAAGCACCACUGUCCAGCCACCUACAGAGACAUCAUCUCCAAGCAGUGUCUACACAACUUCAAAAUCAUCUACAGCUACUCAAACAACUGGAGAAGUAACAACAACUGAAACUGUAACUGAGAACGAAUUGACCACAUCUCAGACACCUUUGUCCAGCACCAGGCCGCCAAAGGUGGUAACAACUGGUCAAUCAAGCCUACCAACAACUACAGCCACGACCACUUUAGAAGAGUUAACAGCUACAUCAUCUGAAACGUCGACAUCCACAAGUACAUCUCUCCCAGUGACACAAACUUCGCUACCAGUCGUUACAUCCAGUCAACCAACAACGCUAACAAAGACAACUGCUGUGCCAGUCAGUACACUUGUGUCAACAACAGUGAGUGUUGAAUCCUCCACUGGGUAUGAGGUUAGCACUCAGGGUCUUUCUUCAACAACAAAACCAGUGAAAGCUGAAACAACUCUUUCAACCACCACACCAGCCAUCCCAUCCACGACUGUCCUUGUCGAGGAGGGAAGCACCACUGUCCAGCCACCUACAGAGACAUCAUCUCCAAGCAGUGUCUACACAACUUCAAAAUCAUCUACAGCUACUCAAACAACUGGAGAAAUAACAACAACUGAGACGGUAACUGAGAAUGAAUUGACCACAUCUCAGACACCUUUGUCCACCACCAGGCCACCAAAGGUGGUAACAACUGGUCAAUCAAGCCUACCAACAACUACAGCCACGACCACUUUAGAAGAGUUAACAGCUACAUCAUCUGAAACGUCGACAUCCACAAGUACAUCUCUCCUAGUGACACAAACUUCACUACCAGUCAUUACAUCCACUCAACCAACAACGCUAACAAAGACAACUGCUGUGCCAGUCACUACACUUGUGUCAACAACAGUGAGUGUUGAAUCCUCCACUGGGUAUGAGGUUAGCACUCAGGGUCUUUCUUCAACAACAAAACCAUUGAAAGCUGAAACAACUCUUUCAACCACCACACCAGCCAUCCCAUCCACCACUGUCCUUGUCGAGGAGGGAAGCACCACUGUCCAGCCACCUACAGAAACAUCAUCUCCAAGCAGUGUCUACACAACUUCAAAAUCAUCUACAGCUCCUCAAACAACUGGAGAAGUAACAACAACUGAGACUGUAACUGAGAACGAAUUGACCACAUCUCAGACACCUUUGUCCAGCACCAGGCCACCAAAGGUGGUAACCACUGGUCAAUCAAGCCUACCAACAACUACAGCCACGACCACUUUAGAAGAGUUAACAGCUACAUCAUCUGAAACGUCGACAUCCACAAGCACAUCUCUCCCAGUGACACAAACUUCACUACCAGUCGUUACAUCCACUCAACCAACAACUCUAACAAAGACAACUGCUGUGCCAGUCAGUACACUUAUGUCAACAACAGUGAGUGUUGAAUCAUCCACUGGGUAUGAGGUUAGCACUCAGGGUCUUUCUUCAACAACAAAACCAGUAAAAGCUGAAACAACUCUUUCAACAACCACACCAGCCAUCCCAUCCACGACUGUCCUUGUCGAGGAGGGAAGCACCACUGUCCAGCCACCUACAGAGACAUCAUCUCAAAGCAGUGUCUACACAACUUCAAAAUCAUCUACAGCUACUCAAACAACUGGAGAAAUAACAACAACUGAGACGGUAACUGAGAAUGAAUUGACCACAUCUCAGACACCUUUGUCCACCACCAGGCCGCCAAAGGUGGUAACAACUGGUCAAACAAGCCUACCAACAACUACAGCCACGACCACUUUAGAAGAGUUAACAGCUACAUCAUCUGAAACGUCGACAUCCACCAGCACAUCUCUCCCAGUGACACAAACUUCACUACCAGUCGUUACAUCCACACAACCAACAACGCUAACAAAGACAACUGCUGUGCCAGUCACUGCACUUUUGUCAACAACACUGAGUGUUGAAUCGUCCACUGGGAAUGAGGUUAGCACUCAGGGUCUUUCUUCAACAACAAAACCAGUCAAAGCUGAAACAACUCUUUCAACCACCACACCAGCCAUCCCAACCACCACUGUCCUUGUCGAGGAGGGAAGCACCACUGUCCAGCCACCCACAGAAACAUCAUCUCCAAUCAGUGACUACACAACUUCAAAAUCAUCUACAGCUACUCAAACAACUGGAGAAGUAACAACAACUGAGACUGUAACUGAGAACGAAUUGACCACAUCUCAGACACCUUUGUCCAGCACCAGGCCGCCAAAGGUGGUAACAACUGGUCAGUCAAGCCUACCAACAACUACAGCCACGACCACUUUAGAAGAGUUAACAGCUACAUCAUCUGAAACGUCGACAUCCACAAGCACAUCUCUCCCAGUGACACAAACUUCACUACCAGUCGUUACAUCCACUCAACCAUCAACGCUAACAAAGACUACUAAUGUGCCAGUCAGUACACUUGUGUCAACAACAGUGAGUGUUGAAUCGUCCACUGGGUAUGAGGUUAGCACUCAGGGUCUUUCUUCAACAACAAAACCAAUCAAAGCUGAAACAACUCUUUCAACCACCACACCAGCCAUCCCAUCCACCACUGUCCUUGUCAAGGAGGGAAGCACCACUGUCCAGCAACCUACAGAGGCAUCAUCUCCAAGCGGUGUUCACACAACUUCAAAAUCAUCUACAGCUACUCAAACAACUGGAGAAGUAACAACAACUGAGACUGUAACUGAGAACGAAUUGACCACAUCUCAGACACCUUUGUCCACCACCAGGCCGCCAAAGGUGGUAACAACUGGUCAGUCAAGCCUACCAACAACUACAGCCACGACCACUUUAGAAGAGUUAACAGCCACAUCAUCUGAAACGUCGACAUCCACAAGCACAUCUCUCCCAGUGACACAAACUUCACUACCAGUCGUUACAUCCAUGCAAUCAACAACGCUAACAAAGACAACUGCUGUGCCAGUCACUACACUUGUGUCAACAACAGUGAUUGUUGAAUCGUCCACUGGAAAUGAGGUUAGCACUCAGGGUCUUUCUUCAACAACAAAACCAGUCAAAGCUGAAACAACUCUUUCAACCACUACACCAGCCAUCCCAUCCACCACUGUCCUUGUCGAGGAGGGAAGCACCACUGUCCAGCCACCUACAGAAACAUCAUCUCCAAGCAGUGUCUACACAACUUCAAAAUCCUCUACAGCUACUCAAACAACUGGAGAAGUAACAACAACUGAGACUGUAACUGAGAACGAAUUGACUACAUCUCAGACACCUUUGUCCAGCACCAGGCCGCCAAAGGUGGUAACAACUGGUCAGUCAAGCCUACCAACAACUACAGCCACGACCACUUUAGAAGAGUUAACAGCCACAUCAUCUGAAACGUCGACAUCCACAAGCACAUCUCUCCCAGUGACACAAACUUCACUACCAGUCGUUACAUCCAUGCAAUCAACAACGCUAACAAAGACAACUGCUGUGCCAGUCACUACACUUGUGUCAACAACAGUGAUUGUUGAAUCGUCCACUGGAAAUGAGGUUAGCACUCAGGGUCUUUCUUCAACAACAAAACCAGUCAAAGCUGAAACAACUCUUUCAACCACUACACCAGCCAUCCCAUCCACCACUGUCCUUGUCGAGGAGGGAAGCACCACUGUCCAGCCACCUACAGAAACAUCAUCUCCAAGCAGUGUCUACACAACUUCAAAAUCCUCUACAGCUACUCAAACAACUGGAGAAGUAACAACAACUGAGACUGUAACUGAAAACGAAUUGACCACAUCUCAGACACCUUUGUCAACCACCAGGCCUCCGAAGGUGAUAUCAACUGGCCAACCAACAACUACAGCAACAUCCACUUUAGAAGAGGAAACCUCAUUCGAAACAACCAAAUCAACCAGUUCAGCAAUUACCACUACAAACGUUUUUUACUCAUCCACAUCUAUGGAGACCUCAAUUGCUCCCAUUACACAAACACCACCAUAUUUUACCCUUCCUGUGACUUCAGAAUCCUCUCUAUUCUCAACCUCUUCUAUUGUUUGUUGUCUUGUGAAUGGGACACAUUUUCAAUCAGGUGAUAUCAUUUAUAAUGUUACUGAUGGCUUUGGUUGGUGCUUUACUGCACACUGUAAUGCAACUUGUGAUAUCGUGAAGAUUUCAACAUCUUGUGGAACCUCUCCAUCACCAUCCAUUUCUCCUGAAACAACCACAUAUUCUAGCACAUCAACAAUAGGCACAAAACAACCUGUCACAUUAAUAUCCACAACUAAUACAAACACAGAAGUAACAACUACAACCUUUGGGCCUAAGUGUGAUGCUCUUGAUCCACCAAGACAGCCCAAUGAUACUUGGCAGAGUGGAUGUCAAAUGUGUCAGUGUGAGAGUGAAACACUGAGGGUCCUUUGCCAGCCUGUUACUUGUCCUGUUUCACCACCUGUUACUUGUGAUAAGCCUGGACAAGUGCUUGUCAACAAAACAAUUGACUGCUGUGAGAUCUAUGAAUGCAGUUGCGAUAUAAAUCUGUGCCCUAUUCCCACACUACAAUGUCCACUGGGCUUUAUACCAUCCUUCAGUGUAACUCCAGAUAACUGCUGUCCAGAGUUUGUUUGCUCACCCACGGAAGUUUGUGUCCAUAAUACCACAGUGUAUCAGCCUGGCUCACCUAUACCAAGUGAUGAUCCUUGUACACUUUGUCACUGUGGUUGGAAUGUAGACCCUGAAACAAAACUUAUUUCUCCUGAGUGUGUGAUAGCUGAUUGCAACUAUAACUGUCCGGAGAAUCAGGAGUACCAAUUUAUUCCUGGUCAGUGCUGUGGAGAGUGUGUUAGCACUAAUUGUGUGGUUAUGCAUGACAACGUCACAGUUACGAUUUCAGUUAACGAGAUAUGGCAACCAACUAAUGACAAAUGUGUGACAUACAUGUGUGAACGAAUCGACGGUAACUCAUUGGCAGUUGAGAUUAAGACUGCUUGUCCUGCCUUUAAUGCUGAAGAUUGUAUCCCUGGAACAGAGACAACAGACGCAGAUGGCUGCUGUAAAACAUGUACACUGGAGAGCAAAUGUAAUGUCCAGAAGAACAGCACCUUCUUGGUCAGCAAUGGCUGUAUAAGCAGCACACCUGUGGAAAUUACUUCUUGUGCAGGCUUGUGUGGUACCUCAUCAAUAUAUUCAGUGGAAGCGAACUCUCUUGUGCAUUCAUGCUCGUGCUGUCAAGAAAUGACAACCACCAAAAAGGAAGUGACUCUGACUUGCGCAGAUGGGUCAAACAUCAACCACUCAUACAUUCACAUUGAUUCUUGUGGCUGCAAGGCCAGCGAUUGCCCUGGUCAAUCUUCUUCCUUAAAGAGACGUCGGAGGAGAUUGUGAACCUGCUUUUCUAACAACAUCCAAUAGAGCCAUUUCAAAUGUAUCUUAUGGGAUGAAUCUGCACUUUUUAAAUGUUUGUGAUUAUUAACUCUAUGGUGUCAUGAGAAUGACAGCUCUUUUGUUUCUUGUCUAGUAGCUCUUAAUAAACUAAUGCAAAUUGAA